UGUUGUACGCGCGCAACCACGCGCUCAAAACCCACACCCACAGUAUCAGAUUCAGUAGAAGGGGACGCUCAACUCCUCAUCUUCUUCUCUAGGGUUCAUGCUUCUCGCCAAUUUGUACUCACUUGCCAUUUUCUCCGGAUUCAGCAUGUUUCUAGUAAUUUCAGUGUUUCGGCUUCGAAGCGUUUGCAGGUGGCUGAGAUGAUGUCGCUCAUGACUUCCAGCAACGACGCCCGGCUACAACGGGGAAGACACACCGUCGAAGAAGAUAAAAUCGCCGGUUCAGCGAGCGAAAUUUCUUCCCCCGGAGCUUUCGAAUUUGGCACGGUGGUUUCUAAUGUGGAAGCUGGUCGAGUUGGCGGCGAUGAAUCAGAUGAAACUAGGUUUAUCAGUAAUGUGAGUGAUUCUAGAGUUGCGAUUGAGAAUGAAGAAUUCAGGUUCAACGGUAGCGGAGGAGGUGAAAAUAAACCUAGUUCUUCCGUUUGUAGAUUGCUCGGGGGCAGUGAAAAAAGCAUUCCGCAGAGCGAGAAACUGGAGCAUAAGAAGAAUACGAGUGCAGCUGAGGAUUACGAUUCUAUUUUAUCCGCAUUCGACAAGUUCGCUGCUAAAGGAAAUGACGAAGCGGUUGGACAUGGGUUCCAAAUCGGUGAUAUGGUGUGGGGGAAGGUAAAAUCCCACCCGUGGUGGCCGGGCCACAUAUAUAAUGAGGCACUUGUUCCACGUUCUGUCCGGAGAGGCAAGCAAGAAGGCCAUGUGUUGGUGGCGUUUUUUGGGGACAGCAGCUAUGGGUGGUUUGAUCCGGCGGAGUUGAUUCCAUUUGAGGAGAAUUUCGCAGAGAAGUCGAUUCAAACUACAUCCCGGUCAUUCGUAAAGGCGGUGGAGGAAGCUGCAGAUGAGAUAGCCAGAAGAAGUAGUUUGGGUUUAGCCUGCCGCUGCAAAAAUCAGUUCUCGCCAUCUAGUGUAGAGGGAUAUGUUGUUGUGGAUGAUGGUGAUUCUGAAGCAGGGGUUUAUAGCUUGACCGAGAUAAGUAAAGCACAUAAGGCAGUGGCUCUUGCUGUUAGAAAGAUGCGUUUUGAGGAUUUUGAUGAGACAUAUGCUCAGGCUUUUGGAACUCAACCGUUGCGCCCUUCUCGUCCCACUGCCCCUGCGACGGUGGAUCCAUCUACAGCUCCUUUGAGUGGCCGACUGGUGUUUGCUGAAACACUUGGUGAGAAGGAAAUCUCUGUGAAGCCUGCAAAAGCAAAAGGUCAAGUGGAGAAAGACAAGUAUCUUUCUAGACGACAGGAGGAAUCUAUUCCAUUGAAGAGCAAGAAAGCAAGUUCAAGCCAGGUGGGUCACUUCCCUCGUCCAUUCUCGAUAAAUAGACAGUACUCUGGUGUGAGAGACCACAUGCACCAGCCAUCCGAGUCUUGUUCCACUGAGGGUCGACAUCAACCUAUAAGUCAGCAGGCGUCAAUUUAUAUGAAACCUUCUGAUAGUUCCAGGAAACAUGUUGAAGGUGGCACCAAAAAAGUUAAGUUUCUAAAGCGUCCCGCUGGGAAAUCCACAGAUGACAAUGCAAUCCGCGUAAAGAAAGAGAAAAAGAAAGUAACUAACCCUGAUACCGGUGGGGAACGUCGGGAGUUACCUCUCGCAGUCAGUAACAUUACAGAGAAUGUCUCUGGAAUGCCAGCCCGUGUUCAUCCCUCUGAAAACAGUGGACCAGAAGACCAGAAAAUAGAUGCAGCUGUGGAAUUAUCAUUAUCUCAUUCAAAGCAAGCAGAUGACUUUGUGAAAAUAGAGCUUCAAAUGUUUGUGAGGGAUCUACGUGCUGUUGCCUGCAAUCCCUUUCAUGGGGAGCAGAAGAGUUGCCAAGCUGUCAUCAAGCAGGUUUUCUUAAAAUACCGAUCCCUUGUGUAUCAGAAGAGCUUGGUUGUAGUGCCACCAGCAGAGAUUGAGGCAAGUGAAGGUAGUCCUAGUGGAUUACCUGUGCCCACGCCUGUUGUUGCUGACAAAAUUGUGAGACCUUCAGUAAGACUACUUGAUCCAACCAAAAGUGGAAAGAAACGUGUUCGUCUGGAUGAUGUCCAGAAAAUGAAGCUCGAUGUCUCAGAAGGCGUAAAAAGAAAGAAGUUGAAUGAGUCUUUGGAGUUUAAGAGAAAGAAGAUGGAUAGUUCAAAAUCAUUGACAGUGCAGAAAAAGGAGUGGGACGAGUCUUUGGAGUCUAAGAAAAAGAUGAUGGAUAGCUCCAAAUCAUUUACGUUUGCGAAAAAGGAGUUGGAUGAGUGUUUGGAGUCUAAGAGAAAGAAGAUGGAUAGCUCUAAAUCAUUGACAGUGGAGAAAAAGGAGUUGGAUGAGUCUUUGGAGUCUAAGAGAAAAAAGAUAAAUAGCUCCAAACCAUCGACAGUGGAAAAAAAGGUUAUUAUCCAGAGGUCUUCUGAAUCCCAGUAUGGGGAUGCGAAAGAUUCUGCUCCGCAAAUAAGAGCUGUGAAACAAGAAUCAAGCAAAAGGACAGCAGCAGGGCAGAUGACUAGAUCUGCGACUCCAACUAUGCUCAUGAUGAAGUUUCCUGCUGAUGCGGCACUUCCAUCCAUUCCCCAGCUGAAGGCGAAAUUCGCCCGUUUCGGGCCUCUGGAUCAGUCGGCCACAAGAGUUUUCUGGAAGUCGUACGUGUGCCGCUUGGUCUACCAACACAAGAUAGAUGCACAGGCUGCUUUGAAGUUUGCUGUUGGAAGUAGCAACUUGUUUGGAAGCACGAAUGUCAGAUGCUACAUUCGUGAAGUGGAAGGUGAGGGGGCAGAGUCAGAACCGGUCAAGGCGCCUCAUCAAAACAAAGAAGAUACUGAGCCAAUGCCGGUAGUGGCCAAAACGGCCUCUGAGCCAAUGCCGGUAGUUGCCAAAACGUCCUCUGAGCAGCUCAGGUCAUGCCUGAAGAAGCCCAGCGGAGAGGAGGCUGGGAAUGGAGGUGCUGGUAAAAGCGCCCGAGUUAAGUUUGUGUUGGGAGGGGACGAUAGCAGUCCCCCGUUAAAUGAAAAUAAUAGUAUAAACAAGAUCGCUAGUUUUGGGGCGGGUGGUUCUUCUAUACAUUCAACUAGUAAGGAUUUGCCAAAAAUUAAUCAUCAGUCCAGCAAUACUUUUGCACCUCCAUUCCAACAGCUCCCUGCUCCGGAGCAAGGGAUCAGACCGCCGGCUCUGAAAACGGCGCCGGGUGAUAUCUCGCAACAGAUGCUUAGUCUUCUAACGAGAUGCAACGAUGUGGUUAACAAUUUGAGCGCUGCGUUGGGCUGUGUGCCCUACCAUCCUCUUUAGAUCAAUCGGAAAAAAAGGCAGCAGAAUUUAUCCUAGUUAAUGCACCUCACUCAAAUGGCCGGAAUCAAUGUAGUUAUGUUUUGUUGUCAAUGUAGCGCUCCCGGUAUAAUAUCAAUAGAGAUUCUCUGUCUCUCUCUCUCUCUCGUUUGUAGUAGUACUAUGAUGUGAGUCAUUUGCUUCGUUUUUUAUACAUGGUGAAUUUCAUUUUCA